GAACCGAGGACGGGGCGGCCACCCAGCUCCGCGGGCCCCGCCCUCGGCCGCUGACGUCACCACAUUCCCGCCGCGACUCCUCCCGCCGCCGCCGCCGCCGCCGCUGCAGCCGCUGCAGCCGCAGUGACAGGCAAACCCGGCGGGUGACGGGAAGUGCGGGCCGCGGGCGCGGGAGGGAGGUGACAGCAGCCACGCGGGGAAGAUGGCUGAGGACUUCGGCUUCUUCUCGUCGUCGGAGAGCGGGGCCCCCGAGGCCGCCGACGAGGACCCGGCGGCCGCCUUCCUGGCCCAGCAGGAGAGCGAGAUUGCUGGCAUCGAGAAUGACCCGGGUUUCGGAGCACCUGCCGCCAGCCAGGUGGCCUCUGCGCAGCCGGGACUCGCGAGCGGGGCUGGCUCAGAGGACAUGGGGACUACCGUCAAUGGAGACGUGUUUCAGGAGGCUAAUGGGCCUGCCGAUGGCUAUGCUGCGAUUGCCCAGGCAGACAGGUUGACUCAGGAGCCUGAGAGCAUCCGGAAGUGGAGAGAGGAGCAGAAGAAGAGGCUGCAGGAGCUGGACGCUGCCUCGAAGGUGACUGAACAGGAGUGGCGGGAGAAGGCCAAAAAAGACCUGGAGGAGUGGAACCAGCGCCAAAGUGAACAGGUUGAGAAGAACAAGAUCAACAACAGGAUCGCUGACAAAGCGUUCUACCAGCAGCCAGACGCUGAUACCAUUGGCUAUGUGGCAUCGGAAGAGGCUUUUGUGAAAGAAUCCAAGGAGGAGACCCCAGGCACAGAGUGGGAGAAGGUAGCCCAGCUGUGUGACUUCAAUCCGAAGAGCAGCAAGCAGUGCAAAGAUGUGUCCCGCCUGCGCUCGGUGCUCAUGUCCCUGAAGCAGACACCACUGUCCCGCUAGGUGCCCAUCAUGACAAUGGCCGCGGAGCACAUGGGCCUUGCUGGGGCAGAGGAGCAGCUGUUUCAGCCAGGGUGGAACUUCCUCUGGCAGCUGCCACACACACAGCCUGUUCUGUUCCUCUGAGUCUCUGGGAGCUGGGAAGUGGGACCCUUACCCCUUUCACCCUUCCCCACUCCUUCCUGGCCCCCUGUCCCAGCCCCUCAUGGCUCCUGUCAGCCCACUUGGUUGUGACUGUCCUUCCUGAUGUAUUUUUCUUGGCUUAAAGGGUGUGUUAACUCUUUUUACACUUAUUUAUUAGUAUCCUCAUUUCUCUGGAAGCUGCACCUGGUGUCAGGGAUCACAUAGAACUUUCCUAGCUUCAUGUCCUUAAAAGGUUGAGGAUGCACUCUUGGGAGCCCAGGAGCUUGCAGCUGGAAGCAUGAACUCCAAGCUGUCUGUGUCUGCCCUCCAGGAGAAAGGCAAACUUCCACAGGACAGGUCUGCAACCUUGCUCUCUCUGAUUCUUUAACCAGUCUGAAGGCAGGGCCUCUGCUGUCCUCAUACAGAGCUGAGAAAUCUAAGGCUCCCCAAACAGAACUGGCUUUUGUGUAGAAAGGAAGUGCUGCCAGCAUGCUCUAAGGCUGUGUCUAGGCCUGAGUAAGGAUGGUGAAUAUGGCAUCUGCCCAGCCUUCUACCUUGAGAGUUACCAGCGCCCUCUAAGACGUGUAGACCUGCUUCAAUACAGAUGUGCUUCCCUCUUCAGCUAUUCGCCCCUGUGGACUUAGGAUAAGCAACAGUGACCACACCUUCUUCCCCUUCAGCAGAGGCCAUAAAACAGGACAUUUAAGCCAUUAUGAUCUACAUGGUGUUUGAAAAGAUUUGGAUAAAUGCCAACAGUAUUAGCUCCCUAAGAUUGCCAUUAAAAAGUACUGAGAGCCG